GAAAAGGAGUCGAAAAAGACUUCACAGAAGCGUUUUACUGGUACUCACUAGCCGCAAAGAGCAACGACGCAUCGGGCAUCUACAAACUCGGAUACUGCCAUGAAAAAGGUAUCGGCACUCCUAAAAACUCGUCAUUAGCCGCUGAAUGCUAUCUACAAUCAGCGACACGUGGCAAUGCACCAGGUCAAUACAAACGUGGUCAGUGUCUUUUGAAGGCAAUCGGCGUGCAAAAAAACACCCACGAAGCACUCUUAUGGUUUCAUCAAGCUGCGCGACAGGGAAACCUUAGUGCGAUGAAUCAAUUGGGAUGUUUGUAUAUGAGUGGGAUGGAGGAGGAAGUAAUACGCAAAGAUGUGCGAGUUGGAUUUUCGUGGUAUUUAAAGGCAGCUGGAGAAAGUGUUGGUGGACGAGAUUCGACGGCACAAUUCAAUCUUGCGGUUUGUUAUCAAGGCGGUGAUGUGAUGGGAGUAAACAAGGAUUUGCAUGAGAGUUUGAAGUGGUAUCGGGAGUCGAUAAAUAAUGGGAAUAAAACUGCGAAAAAAAUGGUUAAAUCACUUUUUUGUAAUUGA